AUGAUCUCCUUCUUUGGCCAACCCGAGAACAAUCAUCACCUUCGCCUCUUCACAAACGACCAGCACGAUCACGACGAGCAGCAGAGGCAGCAGCAGCACUUCCUACACUUCGACUCGCACGAUCUGCCGCUCCCCUCGUCGACUCUUGACCUGCUCCAAGGCACUGACGACAGCGUCCUGACCGGCGAACACAUGCAGCCCGACGUUUGGGCCUCGCCCGCCCAGUUCACGUCCAAGCUUGGUCGCUACUCUCACCAGCGCGAGUCGUCCCUGUCGUCGCUCGCCUCCACCACCGGCCCGGCGUCUCCUUUCGCGGGCACUACCUCGAAUCCCCAGAUCGCCAUCAACGACUCCGCCGUCGACAACAUUCCUGAGAUGCACUCACACGACACGACCACGGCCGCUCAAGGAAACACAUUCUACCAGCUCCCCAAGUCCAUGAACCCUUACGCCAACUUCCACAACUUUGACGGAGGCCUGUCCGAGAUGGCGUACCCGAUAGCCGUUGCUCCCGCGAAGAGGACCCGACCCGAUAGAGGCCUCCUGCCGGCACCAGAGUUCCCUGCUGGCAAUAACGCCUCGCACCCGGCUUCGGUAGCCAGCUCCAUUGCUGGCGAUUCGCCUGCGACGCCAGGUAUGGGCGAGACAACAGAUCACGUUGACAGGAGGAGAAACGGUUAUGGAAACGUACCGAAGCUGGACAGAACCAUGACCGACGUAUACGGCGAUGAGCUGUACAACCCCAACUUCACCAUCACAUCGACAUCGCCUGCACGCAUACCCGUCACUUCCCCCACCAACGACCUCUUCAGCCAGCGCAUCAGUGCGGCCAACAGUCACCACCUUAGUGCGGCGCAUUCUCCUUCCUCUUCAAUAUCGCGUGCCCGGUCGCCGUUCCGCAAUGGUUCUCCAUUUGCGGCGCCUUCUGUGCACGACACUUCCUCGGACUAUUCUCUGAGCAAUGGCCGAGGCAUAGCGAAACACAACAGAACGACGCAGGAGCCCCAGAUGCUUGCUCAACAUGACCGUGGCCUAGAGCCCGAGACACCCAAGACCAUCUCGCCUAAGGAUGCUGUUCUCGAAUUCACUGAUGCGGACAACGAAGGCAACUUCCCACUAUUCCCCCAGGAUCCGGUCAACUUCGGCAUGGAUUCUCUCGCAAACAAGGGCGUCUUGGAAUCAGGGGUGGACGGAUCCUACCUGCAAGCCAACGGCGGGAGCGCACCUGCUGCGAUGGCGUUUAUGCCAUCCCAGGUGAGCCUCGGCAUUCAGGUGCCACAGCAGUAUCCGUUCAUCUCACGGCCUGGCUUGGGGCAUGAUACUCCGCCCAGACUGAGUUCGUCGGGCUCAAGCUCCGUUGGGUCGAGGCUCAACACCCCGACGACUGUGACACGCCCAGCCGCCACAGGUGCCGAAGGUGGCACGUACACUUGCACGUACCAUGGCUGCACACUCAGAUUUGAGACGCCGUCGCUGCUACAGAAACACAAGCGAGAAGGCCACAGGCAAACGCAAGGCAUCGGCAGUGGUGGAGAUUUGGGCAUGACUUCGAAUCUGCUCAACACCCAGGCCGGACCGCAUCGUUGUGACCGAAUCAACCCCAGCACUGGUAAGCCAUGCGGCACCAUCUUCUCGCGGCCAUACGACUUGACGAGGCAUGAGGACACCAUCCACAACGCCCGCAAGCUGAAGGUCCGAUGCGACCUGUGCACCGAGGAAAAGACUUUCAGCCGAGCCGAUGCUCUGACGCGACAUUACAGGGUGUGCCACCCUGAUGUGGAACUCCCUGGAAAGCACCGUCGUCGUGGAGGCGGCUGA